CUUUCGGAUACUGCCGUUUAGUUUCGGAGCAGGCGUCGGCAGCUUCGGGAGUGGGGGUCGUCAGUGGGUAGCUGUCGGCGAGAGGUGGCGGUGGUUUUGUAAGGUGAAGAAAAGAGGGGUUAAGUGAGCCGUGCCGGGCCGUAGAAUCGAGCUAGCGGUGGCGCGGCCCGUGCUCGUGCUAUAGGGCCUCUGCCAGGCAAUAGUGCAAUCGUUUACAAGAUGGCAGACGGUCCGUCCGCGGAAGACGCGGCCACCGACCUAGGGGACAGUGAUUCUCGUUUAACGAGGGAGAGACACAAACGUCAGGACGCUUCGUCUUCGAUGACGUCCUUGAGCACGGGUCAGGAUAUCGCGAGACGCAUCCACGAAGACGCUUCGAUACUCGAGAAUCAUCCUCAUCAUUGGCAACAACAUCAAUAUCGUCCUCUCCGUCGUAAUUGUCAUACCAAUCUUCAUCUUUCUCGUCGGCAUUCUAGUAACGCUAAUAAUAGUAAUAACAACAACAACAACAACAAUAAUAAUAACAACAACAACGACAACAAUAACAAUGGUAAUAUCAACCACAAUAAUCAUCAUCAUCACUAUCAUCGUCGUCACGAGCACGAGGAUGAAAACUUCGAUGGUAACGAGCGCGUUAGUAAAAAUGAAAAUGGUAGUAGUGCUUGUGUUAACACAAUGUGCGUUAUUCCGUUUACGUCACCGACCAGUGAAGAUUACGAGGAAGAAGACGACGACGACGAUGACGAUGACGACGAGGAUGACGAUGAAGAGGAUGAGGAGGAAGAGGAGGUAGAAGAAGAAAAUGGAGUGAAGAAGGGUAUAUCGAAAAAGUGUCGCAGCGGUGCUCGAAUUGAUGUCAUAAAGACAGGGAAAAAUGAAGAGAGCGAUAGCGAUAAUAGUAAUAGUAACGGUAACGGUAGUAGUAAUAAUAAUAGUGGUAACAGUGGUGAUGAGGGUGGCGCGAUGACCGGUCACGCGACGCGCGGUGACAAUGCCGGGUGCUUGGUCGGCGACGGUCGACGGUCGAGAUGUGCGGUCGUCGGUGCUUUUCUCAAUUCGAAUGCUCCAAAGGAGAAUGCGAGCAAAAUGAACGAGUGCCGUGUAAAUCCCGACAACGAUGAGGACGAAGACGGGGACGAGGACGAGCACGCGUUAGAAAAAGUGAGCCGUCUCGGAUGCGAUAAGAGUAGCGAGCCCGAUAGAGAUGACGAGGACGCCGCACGAAAAACGACGGACGGNNNUGGUAGUAGUGAUGGUGGUAGUAGUGGUAGUGGUGGUGGUGGUGCUGCUGCUGCCGCUGCUGCUGUUUCUGCUUCUGGCGGUGGUGCUGCUGGUGCCGCUGGUGUUACUGCAAAUGGCCUCGUUGCCGGCAGGCAUCAGGGUAGCCCUUUCAAGGGACAGGUUAGGACGGCCGAGGACACCCUCGUCGGCCCUUGUGGGAAGAAGCGGUGCGCCGAUCGAUACGAUAGCUCCGAGAGUUCUGACAGUGGCGUCGCCGUGUCCUGCGGGGAAUGCAGCAGCAGCGGUACCAGCGACAUCACGGAGCCCGGUUCCCCGUGCAGCACGAGCAGCGACGAGGGGGUAGCGGCUAUAAGGGGCGCGUCCGCUAGUCCACUGCCGUCCCUACCCAAGCUGGCGCCCUCCUCGCAGAUCAGCACCAGGCCCCAGUGGCCCUGGACCCCGCCCCUCGCUGCCACCGCGUGCUCCACCUACAAGAGGCUGAAGGGCGAGCCCGAGGCUGGCGCCCUGCCGAGGUCCGGGGCCGCGGAUCCCGGGUUCAGGGGAAGCGGAAAAUCGGCCGGCAAACCGAACAACGCCGCCGGCCAUCAUCAUCAUCAUCAUCACGAGUCCCAGGGCAAGAUCACCGAGUACUUCAAAACGCAGAUCAAACCCCAGCAACCCAAGAUCAAGAAGAACAGCGAGACGAUGUCGGUGCUGGUCGCCAAGAGUUCGUCGGAAUCUCGAAGGCCAGCUGCCACGGUGCAGAGGAACAAGGCCGGUUUGGCCAAGUACCUGGGCGCCGUGUCGCCGAGCGGACGGGCCGCGUCGGGCAACGAUUGGGAAGUGAGAAACCUCGCCAUGGCCCCGCCGCCCACCAAGAAGCCCCCGUUGGUCGUUGUUCCCAGGGCCGACGGUAAGAUGGAGAAGAAGCUGCCCAAGCCGAUGCCCAGCCUGCCCAUCUCGAACGAAGUGCUGAAGAACAUCCCCGGCUGCAAGAUCUCGUCGCUCAGGGACGACGUCGAGGAGGAGGAGGAGGACUCGAGGAGCAGCGAAUCGAAACCACCCCUAUCGCCGAUACUCUCCGCCCCGACCACCAUACGAUUCCCUGCACGGGAACCGGAGAAGGACAGGCAACAGGCGACGGACAGCGGCGUGUGCCGAUGGGACAAGUGCGAGGAGAGCUUCGAGUCGAGCGGCGAACUUCUCGAACAUUUGCAGGUAGCUCACAUCAACACCCAGACAGGGAGCGACAAUUUCGUGUGCCAAUGGCAGGGUUGCAAGGUGCAAGGGAGGAGUUCCUGUUCGAGGAGAUGGUUGGAACGGCACGUGUUGUCUCACGGAGGAAACAAGCCCUUCCGGUGCAUAGUCGACGGCUGCGGCAGCAGAUUCAGCUCUCAGACGGCUCUCGAGAGGCACGUGAACGGACACUUUAAUCAACCGGAAACGAGCAACAAUAACGCUAGACGGAGCUGCGAGAGCGGAGGGAAAUUGGUGAGAAGGAACGGUAAACGGCUUCGAUACAGGCGGCAACCGUGGUCAGCGAGACUGUUCGAUUACUUCGAUUCAGGGGUGAUGGAGGGUCUUCAGCACAGGUUGCUUCAACUGGCAAAGUCGAGGACGCAAGGUCGUCUCGCUGAGACACCAGGAAAUUCGAUGGCCCUAACUAGUCAAGUAUUAGCCCGAAGAGUAGAAAUGGACGGGAAGACUAAAGUAUUGUUACGAUGGUACCCUCAAGAUAUCGAGCCGGACGAAUGGGUAUUAGAGUCGGAAGUACAAAGCACGAAAAACGUAGGGAUACGAAAAGUGGCGGCGUCUCACCCGGAAGAGGUGAGCUUGGCCCUGUUCUCGGCGGUGGGCAGCACGGAGCCGUCUAUGCGAGUGAAGCAGCGCCGGAAACCGGCCAAGAACUCGUGAUAAUGCCGAUCGAAAAUGAUCGAGGGAAAAGCGUGACCAAGUAGCGUGGCGAUCGAAUAACCAGAGAGAACGAAUAGAGAGACGAAAUCCUGUAUCAGGAUGAUUGCGCUUUCUGGUAACAGGGAAAAA